CUACACUCUCUGAAAUAUCAUUAGUGGGCUGCCUUUGUUGCUUUGAAAAGAAGGUGAGAAAAGUAUAAAUAUGGCCGACGUAGAACAGAAGAACUCCGAAGCCGCCGCCCCGGUUCCGGAACCACAAACUGUCGAAGUUAUCGACGUUAAGAUUGUGCUUCCAGGCUGCAUUUCGUCCGACAAACCUAUCACCAUUCCUUCCACUUUGAAUGCUACUUUGGGUGAACUCAAGCAAUCUUUUUCCAUUAUUCAUGUUCUUAGAAACUUGACCAGUUACGAUAUUUUCUACCAAAAUGUCAAUUUAACUGCCAACUUCGACGACUUGUUUGAAUUGAAGACCAUUUUGGAAGAAUUGAAUGUCAAGGACACAAAGUCUAUCACUUUCACUUUGAAGGAAAAGCCUUACAUUCUCUCUUCUGUCUACCAACAUUUGGAAAAAUUCAGAGAAUCUAUCGGUUUACACUUUCUUGACAAGAGUGCCUUUAGUUUGGGUAACUUGAGUGGUGCUAGUAAGUUCAAUGAAUUAGGUUUGGCUGGUGUUAAACAACAACCACAAGCUGAAGAAGAAAAGGAAAUUGAAAACAAGGAAGAAUCUAAGGAAGAAUCUGAAAAGGUUGAAAAGAAAAUUGAAUUAACUUCGGAAGAAAAGGACACUCUUCAAGAACUUUCAAACAACUUUUUGACUGAAUCUGUUCCUUUGAUUAAGUAUGCCACUUUCCAAAGCCCAAGCGGUCAAUUGAAGGUUCCAUUGAAGUCAUUAAGUGUUUCCCUGUGGUCUCCAGUACCACCACACCAAAAGAUCAGAGGUGAUUUGUUGUACUUGGUCUUGCAAACUUUGGAAAACGAAACUUUCCAAAUCACUUGUCACUUGUCUGGAUUCUUCGUAAACAAGUGUUCCGCUGCCACUUUCAACCCCUCUAUUAAGAUUAACGAAAACGGUAAGUUCCACAAGCAAUUUAUCUUAUUUGACUUGGUAAACUCUUUAUCUCCAUUAUUCUCAAAGACUAUUGAACAAAAUGAACAAAAGUUAUCUCUGUACUCUGAAAACCCAGAAGCAUACUUGAUUCCAUCAAACUGUUUUGUUUCCUCUCCAUGGAUUGUUAACGCCCAAAACUUUGUGAACCAACCUGAUGUAUCUAGAUCUCAAUUGCCAUUGUUAGACAACGGUGUUGAUGGUUCUGACAAUGUCAAGGAUUGGAAUGAAGACAUUCAAGCCAUCCGUGAAUUGCCAAAGGCUACCAUUGAUGAACGUAUCUUACGUGAACAAUUACUCAACAAGUCCCUGUUCGACUUCACUGCCGCUGCUGUCAACACUGCUAUCAGUGUCAUCAGGGGUGAUGUUCCAUCAAUCAACCCUCAAGAUGAAGCUGACAGAAGAGUUUACUUGAGAAAUGGUAUUUUCUACUUCAUGAAUGUCAAUGAUUCUGGAGUAUUUGAUGCUACUGGUGGUAAUGAAGCCGCCAGAUACACUUCCAGUAAGGACUUGGCCAGCACAAGAAUUUUAAAUAAGAUUGAUGCUCCAGGUAUUUCCAACUUGGUUACUUGUAUUGUUGACUACAUGGGUAAGAGAGUAGUUUGUCAAGCUCCAGUUCCAGGUAUUUUUAACAACCCUGUUGGAGAUGAAGAACAAAAUAAGGUCGCUUACGGUUUAUCAGUUGAAAGAAAUGCCAUCUACCAAGAUGAAUCUUUUGAUGAAGCAUUAAAGCCAAUCGCUGAAGCUCUCCAUCUCAAAGCCCACGAAGUAACUGUUUCUGAAGAUGUUAAGUCUGAAGGAAAGUUGGCUGUCUCCAAGGAUACCAAGGGUAUCAAGGGUUCUGACGGAAGAAAGUACCUCAUGGAUUUGUACAAAUCCACUCCAUUGGACAUUGAGUUUAUUGAAGCUAACUGGAAUGACCAAAAGGAUGACAGUUAUCCUCACCGUGAAACUGUGUUGAGACAUGAAGCCAUUGAAGAAUGGUGGAAGCGUAAGGUUUCCGUUUUGUUCAAGGCUGAAACUGAGCGUUUGGAAAAGGAAGGUAAGACUGGAAAGGAAGGUGAAGAAAAACCACAAAUUGUUCUCCCAUCUGAUCAAAUUGUAUUCAACCCAGAUGCAUUUACCGGUAUUAACGAAAGUGCUGAAGAUCAACAAGAAGUUAGAGAAUUAUCCAAGUUUAUCACUGAACAAUUGAUUCCUGAAUUCUUGAAGGAAACAGCCAGUCAAAUUGCUCCAUUUGAUGGUAGCCACUUAUCUAAGUCUUUGCACAACCAAGGUAUCAACUUGAGAUACUUGGGUGCCAUUGCAGAACAAGCUUUGGUUAAGAAGGCUGAAGAAACUGCCGCUUUUGAAGAAGUGGUAAAGGAUAACACUGCUGAAAUUGAAAAGAGAAAGGCUGAAGAAGAACAAAAGUCCGAAGAAAAGGAUGAAGAAUCUAAGGAAGAAGAAGCUAAGGAAGAAGAAUCCAAGGAAGAAACUCCUUCAAAGGGUAAGUUCGACUUGGCAGUUGCUAACUUGGACACUCUUCACAAGAUUGCUGUUCAAGAAAUGAUUGCCAGAGCUGUCAAGCACAUUUUACGUAAGUCAACUGCUGAUUUGCCAGAAUACUUGGUCUCUCACUUUGUUGCCCAUUUCCACAACUGUUUGCUUGGUCUGCAAAUUACUGGUACCCCUGAAUGUGCUUUGAAUGCUGACCUUAAGAGCUUGUUCUCUGCUGAAGACUUGUCCUUUACUACUUUAACUAGUCAAGAUGUGUUUAAGUUGGUUGAGAGGGAAGUAUUUGUUCGUUUCAGAUACACCUUGCCAGAAAACUGGGCUACUUCUAGUGACUUGUUAAGACAUGCUCAAUUAUUCAGAGAAAUUGCAAUCAAGUUUGGUAUUCAAUGGAAGGCUCAAUCUUAUGUUUUCACUAAGGAAGAAUUCGAAAGUGAAAAGGAAAAAUUGACUGCUUUGGAAUCAACUGUUGUCGACAAGAAGCGUGGCAAUGGUAAGAACAAGAAGAGAUGCAGUCCUGCUGCUGUUAUGGUCAAUGAAUCUGCCACUAGAUCUACUGUUUUCAUUGCUGAUGAUAUUGCCGCCUUUGUUCCUGUCAUCAAGGACUCUACCUUCAGAUCAACUUUGCUUGAUGAACUUUACGAAGUUUCUAGAGUUCAUAUUUAUAAGGGUGAAACUGAAAUUGGUUUAACUUUGUUGAACGAAUUGUUAUCUUUCUGUGAACAAAUUUAUGGAAGAGUCCACCCGGAAACCACCAAAUUUUACAGCUCAUUGGCUCAAAUCUAUUCCGAAUUGGAUAUGAAGACUGAUGCCUGUAACUUUGGUCGUAAGGCAUGUAUCUUGACUGAAAGAACUGCUGGGUUUGAUUCAUACGAAACCAUUUUGGCUUACAUCAACGCUUCAUUUUACGAAGGUCAAAAUGAUGAUCCAGUGAGCUCAUUUAAGUUAUACAGCAGAGUGCUUUCUGAUUGGAAUGUCGUAUAUGGUAAGGAUCAUCCUUCUUCAGUAAACACUGUCACUAAUUUGGCUGACUCCUUGUCCCAACAUGAAAUCUUUGGUCCAUCCCAUGCCUUGUACGAAAAUAUCUUGGCUGUCUCUGAAAACUUGAAUGGAGCUACUUCUCCAGUUAGUGGAAUGAUCAGAUACAGAUAUGCUAGAUCUUUAUUUGCUUCUCAAGAUAUCAAGGGUGCCCUUGCUCAAUUUAAGAAGGCAAAUGAAAUUUUCUCUGUCUCCAUUGGUCCUGAUGAUAUUUUCUCCAAGGAAACUAAGGAACUUGUCUCUAAGUUUGAAGAUCACAUUAAGUACACUACCCAAAUGCAAUUGGAAGCUAAGAAGAAUGAACAAGCUCAAAAGGCUCAAGCUGCCCUUUUGAACGCCACAAAGAAGCCAGUUGAGAAGAAGAAGAAUGGUAAGAAGCAACAAAAUGUUUCCUCUGUUCCAGAAAUUGCUUCUCAAUCUGUUGAUGACAUCUUACAAUUCAUUGAAGGAAAGAAAUCAACCAAGUCUAAGAAGUCAAAGAAGGCCACUAAAUAGAUUUUAUAUCCUUGUACAUAAAUUUAGAAAAGAACCGUUAUUUUAUUGAUUGUAUAUUUUAAAUAUAUAUAUAUUGUAAUCUAAAUUGAAUGAGACUAAACUAUACGU